CCGUUUGACCCAGCCGAUUUGCCCAUCCAUACCUCCCGGGCGCCACCGCCGCCGCCGGAAGUGCAUAGCUCCACCAAAACCAUCGCUCCAAAAGAUCCUCAACCACCGAUGGGACUGUCUCCGCCUCUCCGGGACUCCAGGAAUCGCGGCAGCAUCCGCCGGCCUUAGAAGCUGCUGGAUACCAUGGUGAACGGCUGCAGCGGCGCCGCGGAGCUCGCGCCCUCCGCUGGUACGCCCGGCGCCCACUUCACUCGCCGGCCGUCUCGUCCUCCGCGCCGCUCGCCGGUUGCCCAACUCCCGUCACCGCUCGCCGCCGCCGCCGCCCGAAACCCCCGCAGCGUCGACGCCCGCAGCCUGCUCGACGGAAUGCCUCGUGCCGAGAGCAAGAGAGCGGCUUGCUGCGACGGCAUUGAUGUCCUCCCGGACGAAGUUCUGCAGCACAUCCUCGGCUUCCUGGAGGCGCAGGAGUCCGUGCGGACCUGCGUGCUUGCCCGCCGCUGGCGCCACCUCUGGAAGUCGGCCACGGGCCUGCGCAUUGCCGCGGACGAGGGCGAGUUCUUGGGGUCCGUGGAAAAGCUCUGCGAUUUUGUGGACAGUCUACUGCGACACCGCGGAGGCUCGCCUCUCCAUACGUGCAAGCUCCGGUUCACUUCGUUCGGGCAGGUUAUGUCAGAUUGCUUAUACAAACAUGACGACCGCUUGAUGCGCCUUGUGAACACCUGGUUCUGGCAUGCUGUAAGGUGCCAGGUUCGUGUCCUCAGCCUCAAAGCAUAUGACACUGGUCGUUUCCUACAAGAACCCACCCUUGCUCUAGAGGACAGACCUAUCGACUCCCGGCACCUGAUGAGGCUAGAUCUUUACAGCGUGGUGGUUGGCAGGAGGUUCGUUAAUUUCUCCAACUGUCCGUCUUUGGAGCACCUAAAGUUUCGGAGCUGUUAUUUUGAGCCGGAGAAUGAUUCACGCCUUCAUAUUUGUGCGCCAAGUCUGGUUUCACUACUUCUAGAUGACAUUUGGGGUCUGAUUUCCUCGCUUGAGAGCAUGCCAUCGUUACUGAAGGCUGCUGUAACAACUGAGAAUUCUUGGGAAUCUUGUGACCGUGGCGAUUGUAACUGUGAGUUCUGUCACAAUUCUUAUAGUAUAGGUGAUGACACUGGCAGUAACGAUUGUGUGCUACUAAAAGGUUUAUCCGAAGCUAAGGAUUUGGCAUUGAUUUCUGGACCUGAAACGUUUAUUUUCAAGAGGGAUUUGAGAUGGUGUCCGAUGUUCAGUAAUUUAAAGACCUUGUUGCUCAAUGACUACUGGUGUGUGCCUGACGACUUCCGUUCUCUGGUUUGUAUUCUUGAACACCCACCAAUUCUAGAGAAGCUCACUCUUGAACUCUUUUCCAAGAAGCAUAGACAACAAAGGGAAAGGGAAGCAAGUCUCAGACCGAUGGAGGGAUCAGCUGUAAUUUUGGAACACCUUAAGAUAAUCGAAGUCAGAUGUCAUGCUGUUGAUGAGAGGAUUUGUAAACUUACCUUAUUCCUGUGUGCGUUUCACAUACGUUUGAGCUUUACCUAGACGUGCAAGAAAACUUGGGCUGUUGAUGGUUCUACUUUGCUGCCAUGCUCAUAUGGUUUGUGCACAUUUACCUGGUGACCUGGAUCAAUUAAUUGUCCUAAUCAUACUUUGAUUCAGCAUUGAGAUGG